AUGCCAACCACCACAAUCACCAAAAAGGCUGCUUCGGAAUUCCGCCCGCGCAGAUCGCAUGAGAAAUCAAGGAACGGCCACUGCUGCCGCUAUCACGACGCCGCGAAAAGGGACUCUGUGGGAGAAUCCGCACCAGAAGCCGCCGCAGAAGAAGAUGUCGCGUCGCCGUCGCCGGUGCUGGAAGCCCCCGACCUUAGUCCCAGCGGUUCCUCGUUGUGGCCGGACAAUGUCUUCGCCACCGACUCGACCACGGACUCACUAUCCCCGUAUGCCUUGGCCUACAUGUUAGAAGAAAGCGAUGAGGCUCGCAUGCCCGGUAUCUUGAGCUCGCAGGAGCUCGAGCUUCUAUGCCACUACAUCACGCAUACGAGUCGCAUCAUCCCCUUUGACCAAGGGGACUUGUAUGCGCUCCACGUGGGAAUUCCCAAUCUUGCCCUCGGUAACGAAACCCUCAUGGCAUCGUUACUAGCUCUCUCGGCUGCUUGUAAGAGUCAUGACAUUGUGAGGUAUUCACCUCAGCCGUUGGAGAGGCUAGAUGAGGUGCGAGAACUGCUUUCCCUGGCGGACAGGCACCACAGGACGUCGCUGCACCAUAUCCAGGCCGCUAUACACGACGUGCAACAACAUGAUCAUGUCUUGGCUAAUGCCGCGCUCAUGGUUCUGUAUGGCUCCUCAAGCCACUGCGUUCGUGUGUCUCUGGCACAAAUGGCGAACAGGCGUGGUAUAACGCUGGAGCUUGAGUUGUUGCCCACGCAGUCGCAGUGGAUGAUGUUGAUUCGGGCAGCGCAUACGGCGUUUACGGGCUUGUUGGACGUGCAGAAUGAUAUAAACGCCGUGUUUGGCAGUCGAUAUCUCUCAGUUGCAGAAAAUUCUGCCUUUCUAACACCAGGAUUGUCAUUUGACAAUGUAUAUCUCGCCGAGGAUGGACCUUCUGAAGGCACCAAGCUUUUUCUCCUUCCGGCUGUGUGGGCAACAUACGGACCGGCGCUCGACCAGCUCGCUGCGAAGGUGCUAUCAUUGCAGACACAGGCCCCUCGUGAUUCUGGGCGCAACCUGCAGGCGUGUCUUGCAGCACAUGAGAUUCUGGAGCAGGUCUUCAGCGCAGUCUUCAUGGACAAGGAGACCCCUACGCCUCACGAGGACGAGGCCGUCCACCUGGGUCGAAUGUGCAGCGUGUCGCCAUGGCUCACAAGUUACCUGGGACGCGUGACGUCGUCUACGCCAUCCAAACCACUGCGCAGAACCGUCAUGGCAUUUUUGAACCGCGUGCCGCUCGAGUAUCUGCACCUGGUCCAAUCGACGCUUGACGACAUCCCGGUACCCGGCAAUCUGAAUCACCUCAAUUGGGACGACUCAACACCAAUGACGAUGACUUCUGCGCAUCGACUAGCAAUGGACAUCUUUGCGCACUGGCUCGUCCUCGUCAUGCUCCUCGAUGGCGUAUGGUGGAUUGGCGGCAUCGGAGAAUGGGAGCUGGGACGGAUACUGUCCUCGGCACAGGCACGAGCGGAGCCAGGAGGGAGAUGGUGGCCGGAGAGCAUGUAUAACGCCAAAAGGAAGCUGGCACAGGACAUGGACAAGUCAUUGUGA